AUGCUCAACAUGUACCCGAGGCACCAGCUCCAGCUCCAUGCGAGCUCCGCCGCCGACGGCGACGAGAACGUCGACGACGGAGUCUACUAUAACCCCUUCUACGCCAUCGCCGUCGUCUGCGUUUCCAUCUUCCUCUUCUGCGUGCUCGCCGCCUACGUCAGCGUCUGGAAGGCGCUCGCCUCCGCGGCGCUGGCCGCGCUGCUGCUCGGCGCCGCCGGCUGCUUCGCGCCCAAGGGGUGGUUCCGUCCGAGCGGGCGGGGCGCGAGCGCGGAGGUGGUCGUCGUCACGGUAACGUCGGCGGCCGCGCGGCCGGGCUACCCGUGCGCUCAGGUGGACGCGCCGCCGGCGUUCGCGUUCCGGUGCCCGCUCGAGGCGGGCGGCGGCGCGGGUGAGGCGGCGAGCUCCGUGGUGUGCUCGGUGUGCCUGGAGGACGUGCGCGGCGGCGAGAUGGUGCGGCAGGUGCCGGCGUGCAGGCACGUCUUCCACGUGGGGUGCAUCGACAUGUGGCUGCACUCGCACCGGACGUGCCCGAUGUGCCGCUGCGUGGUCUCGCCGCCUUCCCAAGCAGCAACGCCGAAGGCUGCGGCGGAGGAGCCACCGGAGUCGUCAGCUGAAGAUGAGUUGCCGCCGGUGUAA